AUGCUCCCGGAGCCUGUUACCGGUCCUCAGCGCCAACGCUCCGGAGUUCGUUCGCUCACCAGCAAAACGCUGGCAGCCUCGACCCUUCCCCACAUCAACCCUAUUUCGUCUCUUUAUAGCCCUACCCUUCGAGGUCCAGCGUACACGCGUAGACUGCUCGCUCGUUCUCCUCUCACUAAUGCCGGCGCUCUUGUGUUGUUAGCAAUCCUCGCGCUCUCUCUCCUGACGAAUAUAAGUUACUGGCUGUCCAGUGCAUCGCCCCGACAUAAUGAGGCCACCGCAAAUGCAGCAGCACGAACGCGUGGAGUAUGGAUUGGCUCCGGCGACCUGCCUCCCCGCAUUGGAGGUGAGACAGCUGGGAAUGUGCACGUCGUCGGUAGUACACACAAGUCUUCUGCUGUACCUAUCUCACCUCCCGAUUCUUACGACCAACCGUAUCUCGAACGCAUCCAUUCGAUUGCCAGGCCGGAGUGGACUGACUUGAUCAAUCACCUCGUCAUCGUACCCGGACAUGCUAUUUGGACAGGCACAGAUCCAAGGAUGCGCCUGUCGGAAUCCGAAUGGGUUCUGGAACCAUAUCAGCAAGGCGGGGGAAGGAUACGCGCGUUCUUCAGUCAUAUAGUACGCGGCGCAGAUAUUGUACUCAAAGACCCCGACUCAUUGCUUAUGUUCAGCGGAGGUCAAACGCGACCGUCAUCCCCCAUGACCGAGGCAGACUCCUACCUACGACUCGCGCUGGCGUCCAAUGUCUUCCACGUCCACAACCCGUCAGAUACAGAUUCGGCACCUCCCAUGUUUCACCGUGUCGCUACCGAGACAUUCGCUCUUGAUUCCCUGCAAAAUUUGCAGUUCAGCCUCGCACGUUUCCAUGAGGUUACAGGUCACUAUCCUGAGAAGAUCACCGUGGUCGGAUAUGAGAUGAAACGUCGACGUUUCGAGGAAUUGCAUCGCAGAGCUCUGCGAUGGCCGUCUAGCAGGUUUGAAUACAUAGGGGUAGAUAUCGAUGCCGGAGAGAAUGGCGCUGAACGGGAGCAGGCGAUGCAAGGCGAACUUACCAAUGCGUAUAAACCGUAUCUUGCGGAUCUGUAUGGAUGUCACCCACCGCUCUCCACGAAACGGCUAGCACGGAAUUCGUUCAUACGUUUCCAUCCGUAUCUGGUAACAAGUGAUGGACGAAGCUCAAGCGCCACCGCCAGUGAUGAUCGCGAAGGAGAUAGAUCGGUUGAGACUGGUGAUGGCUUACGUGGACUGCUAGAAUGGUGUCCCACAGACGACUGGACUCGAGUCUAUGAGGGAAAACUGCCCUGGGAUCCCUAGGUAGGGUGGCUAGACGAUGCCCUACGGAGGAUACGGCUCAAUGUAGCAAGUCAUGCUUAGUUACGGUUGUACACGGCCAAUUGAUCGUGCGCGGGUCGGCAUGGCUAGAUCCUG